UUCUUUUUGACCCCUAACAUUAAUCCACUAACUGUACUUUGGCCUACCUUGCAACACUGCGGGUCGCCAUCGGGAUAUAUAUCCGCGCUUGAACUUCCACCUUCAAAAUGCCACCCAACCAAGCAGCUUGGCUGGUCCGUUCCAAGGCUUCUCCCUUUGAAGUCCGAUCCGCUCCCUACACACGACCCCGAGAAGGGGAGAUUGCUAUACGGACUCACGCCGUGGCCAUUAAUCCCAUCGAUUGGACUAUCCAAGGCCAAGGUACCACCCUGAUGUACCAAUGGCUAUCUUACCCGACCAUCUUGGGCACUGAUGUAGCCGGAGAGGUGGUUGAGGUCGGACUGAAUGUCACCACAUUCCGGGUUGGUGACCGUGCUUUCGGCAAAGCAUGCGGCACCGACGAAGAGAUCAAUUCUCACACCCAAGGGGGCUUCCAACUCUAUGUCAUCCUCGCGGCACAUAUGGCCUGUCCCAUUCCCGAUCCACUAUCGUAUGAGCAAGCUGCAGUGCUACCCCUGGGAGUCUCUACCGCCGCAUGUGGACUGUUUGAACCCGACCAGCUCAACCUCAAGCCCCCAUGCGCUCGCCCUGAGCCCACCGGCCAGACUGUCAUCAUUUGGGGCGGGGCUAGCAGUGUCGGUACCUGCGCAAUUCAACUCGCUCGGGCUGCAGGAUACCGAGUUUUCGCAACCGCCUCACCCAAAAACUUCGAGCUGGUGAGACAGUUAGGCGCCAGUCGGGUGUUCGACUACCGGAGCCAGACGGUCAUACCAGACAUGAUCGCCGCCUGUCAGGGCGAGACUGUGGCGGGAGCACUGACUGUAGGGGCCAAUGGAGCAGAUUGCUGUUUUGAUAUUCUCGCUCAAUGCACCGGGCCCCGAUUCAUCUCCAUGGCUGCCUAUCCAGUGCCACAGCCGCCUCCGGCGCAUCUCACGGUUCCUCGUACGGCGCUCGCAUUCAUGGUCGGAAAUUCGAAGUACUGGUACAAAUCCCGCAUGCGAGGAAUCAAGUACAAAUACAUCUUUGCCAGCACGCUAUAUCACAAUGGGGUGGGGGCUAUGGUUUUCCAGCAGUACCUGCCGCAGGCUUUGGCCGAGGGUCGGUUUCGGCCAGCGCCCGAGCCGAUCGUUUAUGGCAGGGGUCUGGCCGACAUUCAAGGGGCAGUGGACUUUCACAAGUUGGGAGUGUCGGCGCAGAAGGUGGUUGUACUCUUGGAUGACUGA